AAACAUAAUUAAACUAAGAAUUCUAAUAAAAGCGAUCACCAUGCUGUUGCUGAAUUUGUAAGAAUAUUACCAAAGCAGUGUUGAAGCACUUCUCGUCAGUGGAUAAGUGACGCAAUCAUAAGCUAAAGUCAUGUGUGCACACAUAUGCACAGUUUUGAAUAGCAGCUUUGUAAUCAUCAUAUGACCGUGUAAUCUGUUUAAUCUGGGGUUUUUUCUUGGGUGCAAGUUUUUUUCUCCACACUGUUCACUCCUUUGUAUCUGUGUAUUUCAUGUUAUACAACAUAUGUGACAAAAACAUGCCACUUUAAGCACAGCUCUGUGGGUUAUUGGUCAGCAGACACAUUUGGUUUAGCCCUGUAUGGCAGUGGAAAGUGAUUUAUUACAGCGUGAUCACUCAGGAAUCUGAUUGGCUGCGACAAUCAAACUGUGUGAUAAUUGAAAGGCGGGAGUGGAGGAUUUUUCUCCCUUUCUUUCUGUCUGAGCUAGCCACUGUUUUGGAGCUGAGCUGGCCUAGAAACUCCAACAGAAGAAAAGCCCCCCUUCCUCCGUUCACAAAGCUUUCUCACAACCCCUCUUUCCUUUGCUCCCUCUCUCGCUCCGUUUCCCUCUCAGUGACAGCUCCUGGUGGGCUCUUUUUUUCCUGUCUGCUCCCUCGCUCCCCUCACAUCCGUCCUCUGGGUCUCUGCCUCUUUUUUCCUUUUUCCCUCUGUGGAUUUUAUCCCCCACGGACUCUUUGAACACUUAACUUCACAGUAAACUCUUCCUUCUUUUUACCUUGCCUCCAUCCAAACCUGCGAGUCUUCAUCCGAUUAACCGCCUCAGCUCUGCCACCCCAAACCUCCAUCAGACGGACCCUUUGCUCCAGAGGAGUCCUUGUUCUCCCACGAAUGCAUGCCGUCUGUGGGAGUCGUAUUUAUCGAAGCGCAUAUAUGUGUGCUCCAUAGGCUCUCUGACGAUUACUGCGGAGCGUGUGUUGGCGCUGAAGCGUGGUCAUGGGCUUUGAGGAGCGGCUGCUCUGUGAACCAGCAGCACAACGCUCCCUAGACUCGGCAGCUAUCAAUAGUCAUGGUUCAUUGCUGGAGGGACCAAGCAUUCUAUGGAUUCUGGAUAUUCAGUCAAGGCAACAGUAAUUCCUAAGAGUCUCUCAAGUGAAGUCUUUGUCCGGUGGACUUUGAGUCAAGUGGACUUUGUUUGGGAGAAGUGUCCUGAGUGAUGAGGGCUCUCCCAGGGCCGCGCUCUUCCCCUCUCCCCCGGCUGUGGUCGUCUCCCGAGGGACACACACACAGAUAGGCAGACCAAACAAAGUUCCAGUCCAAGCCGUGCGCAUGCGUCUCUCCGCCAUGGAGGUCAUCCUCAACCUGGUAACUGCUGACACCUCUCCACUUCCCACUCCCACCACCAUCGACCGGUUGGAGGUGAGCGGGCUGGGCCAAACACCCUUGGCUGUUUCAUGCGGAGCGGACGGUUCAUUCCUGGGUGAGGAUAGCACCCCGGACCCUCAGCGCACAAAGCAGGCAAUCGCCCAGCUGCAGCAGAAAAUCCUCAAGCUUACAGAGCAGAUUAAGAUCGAGCAGACAGCCAGGGAUGACAACGUCGCAGAGUACCUCAAACUGGCCAACAAUGCUGACAAACAGCAAAGCACACGCAUCAAACAGGUUUUUGAGAAGAAGAACCAGAAGUCUGCACAGACCAUCCAGCAGCUGCAAAGGAAACUGGAGCACUACCACCGGAAGCUGCGGGAAGUGGAGCACAACGGCAUCCCACGCCAACCCAAGGAUGUUCUGCGGGACAUGCAGCAGGGCCUGAAGGAUGUCGGAGCCAAAGUCACGGGCUUCAGCGAAGGCGUGGUGGACAGCGUGAAGGGAGGCCUCUCCAGCUUCUCCCAAGCCACCCACUCCGCUGCCGGGGCCGUCGUCUCCAAACCCCGGGAGAUUGCGUCGCUGAUUCGCCACAAAUUCGGCAGCGCUGACAACAUCCCUUCGCUUAAAGACUCUCUGGACGACCCCUCGGUGGAAGAAGGCGUGACGGGGGCUGGCGGACGUUCCCUGGGCAGCGCCGGGCAUCACCUCCAGCCCAGUCCCAAGUACGGUAGCGAGGACGACUGCUCUAGUGCUACGUCGGGUUCGGCUGGGGCCAACAGCACCACAGGGGCCCCCGGAGGUCCCCCGAGUUCCAAAGGCAACACACUGGAGAGGAGCCAGAGCUCCAGUCUGGACAUGCUGCUACAGGAGAUGCAGGACCUGAGGGAGGGCCAGGCGAGGCUAGAGGAGAACCUCGAUGGGUUGAAGAGCCACUAUCAGAGAGACUACACUGUUGUUAUGCAAGCACUGCAGGAGGAACGCUUCAGGUGUGAGCGUCUGGAGGAGCAGCUGAACGACCUGACAGAACUCCACCAGAACGAGAUCCUCAACCUCAAACAGGAGCUGGCCAGCAUGGAGGAGAAGAUCGCCUACCAGUCCUACGAGAGAGCCAGAGACAUACAGGAGGCGUUGGAGGCGUGUCAGACCAGGAUCUCUAAGAUGGAGCUCCAGCAGCAGCAACAGCAGGUCGUCCAGUUGGAGGGGCUGGAAAAUGCCACAGCCCGGACCCUCCUGGGAAAACUUAUCAAUGUGCUGCUGGCCCUUAUGGCUGUCCUUCUGGUCUUCGUCUCAACUGUGGCCAACUGCGUGGUCCCGCUGAUGAAGACGCGCUCGCGCUCCCUCUCCACCCUCCUCCUCAUCCUCCUGCUGGCCUUCCUGUGGAGGAACUGGGACGCUCUCUCGGGGUACACGCACCGCGCCCUGCAGCCCCCAGGAUGACCAGAUAGAAGAUGUUGCUUUGGUGACACCCAUGUGAUGUAACUUUUGCUGCAGUCAUGCAGGAAGUUUGAAGAACGCGAUCGCCGUUAGAAUGGCUGCGUGGCCGGGCACUGAAAAAAACGGCCGAGCACAUUCGGAACACGGAAUCAAGAAAGAGCGGAAGAAACAGAGUAACGUUGAGAACAUAUGAUUGUCAUUUAGGAAGGACGAGACUGUUUACAUUUCUGAUAAUGAACUAUUGUGUUGCUGUCCCUCAGAACGCAGCAUCGUACUGUUUUUAUCUUUAGAGUUUAAUCAAUUAUAAUGUUAUUAUUUCUAAUAAUGUUAUUUUUAUUUUAUUCAGUACCAUGUAGCAUUACGCUCCCCUCACUCUACAUGAUGGGGAGCUUAGUCAGGAAACUGGGUCGGCGAUUUGCUCCAAAGGCCCGGUCCAAUUGUAGAGACAUGCAAAUGUGAUAAUGUGGUUGAUUGCCUUUAGGAAGAGAACUCUUACCUAGCUGUGAUUGGUAGAUUUGAACCGAGGCUGAAAACCUUCCUGGGAGUUACUCCUUUUCUUGCUGUGAGGAACUUUGUUCGUACAGAACAUGUUGAAGGACUGACCAUGACCUUUUGAGUGUCAUGAUGACUAGACUUUUUGUGCUUCCUUACCAUUUCUAAUCACGUGCUUUUACUUAUUUCCUUUUUUUAAGUAAAACAAGAAAACCUGUGUUUAAUAAGGGAGAUUAUAACUGAAACACAAAGACAGAAUGGGCCGGCUUUAGAGGGAAAAGCUACAAUAGGCUGCUCACCAUAGAAACAGCUCAUAAACACACACAGAACAUCUGGUUAUUGUUAAGCGUCUGUCGUGUUUGCAACGUGCAAACAAUGCUGCGUGUUUUCAUUUAGAAACAUUACAUAUUAGAAACCAGUUUUGUGUUUUUUCAAAGCACUGACAAAAGCCCAUUGUCCAAGUAAAAUCAAUUUCCCAGGGUAAUUGUUUCUCCCCCACGCCAUAUUUGAUGUGAUCAGGUCAGGAAAGAGAGACCACUGGUGCUUAUCCAGCUCCAUCUCAGUUGGAACAGGAAUGCUGCUGCUUUAUAUCUACAGUGCAAGUCGUCUCCACUGCCACGUCAGUCAAAUGCACACUGAUACUGUACUCUUCAUCAUUUCUCCCUGUGUAUUAUUUCUCUGGCCGUCCUCCUUUUUCUACAAGUACACCGUCUUCUGGUGGUAAUCACCCAGUGCCAAACCUUAGUCUACCCAGGGAUUGCUUGAGCGCCCAAAGGGUCUACGCUGAGAAGAAAGAAAGAGGGAGGUGUUGCUUCUAUUCAGAUUUGUCACGAAUGUCUCGCCUGAAUGUCAAGGAUGUAUCUUUUUGCAAGGGAGAAAUCUGAAUAUGAACUCCAGAUCUUCAGUUGUGUUUCUGCACCUUGCCUCCUUGAGUACAACUCUUUGGCUGGGCGUCCAGUCUUUCUUUAUUCUUUCUUUCUUUCUUUCUUUCUCUCUCAUCAAGUCAAGGACACAACAAGAUGACCCAGCACAUUAAAUAGUUCAUUGUGCAUUUCAUGCUGAGAAGCUGAUUUCCUAUCAGAUAGCGAGAUCAUUCGAACUGUACAGCUGCACUUUAGCACAUGGCUAGAUAACAUACAAGUCAGGCUGAGGCUUGAGGAACCUUUGAUGGACGCUUCAAAGGUUGUCACUCUUUAAGACAGCAGGCCUCAGUGGGAUAAGAAGAGUUGACUCGGGUCAGCAUCACUGUCAUCCUCGUCUAAAGAGAAGAGGACUUUACUCCAUUUCUUGUCAAAACGUCGAUAAACUUGAUUCCUCACAAGUUGAACAUGCAAUUAAAAUGGUAGAUUUAUUGAUCUAUUUAAAUGUUUGCCAUCAAGGCAAGUUGAGAGUGAGCUGACCUUUGACCUUCAGCGUGACCUUGCAGUAACACCUGUGAUGUAGGGGUUGUGUGCUAAACCACUCCAGUGCCUUCUGAUGUCCUUUUUUCUAAGUGUGGAAUAAAUAAAGUGCAUUCCUGACUGA